GAUAGAAAUGCAUGAAUAGAGGCGACGUGAUUCCUUAUUCUACAUGUCAGAGUGGCAUGUUUGUUCUACUUAACAUAUUUAUAUCUGAAUGUUCCAAAACGUCCAGAUAAAUGUGUCCCUGGGCAAAUCAAGGACGUCGCGGCGGGCAUGCGCGUUCCUUCAGCGCUGGGAAAGUUUUCCUGCAAAUUGAGCGGAGCAGAGGGAGAACACUUGAAACUGCGGAGCAGCACAAUGCAUUGGCUUGAGUGAGGAGGCAAGCAACAGAGAACGAAAUAAAACAAUACGUUUUUCAUUGAAGUUUACAACAAUAAAUAAGGAUUUGUAAAAUACUUUUUGGCAACAACUUUGUAAAGUUGGAUAUCGCAUCAUAACGCACUGUAAGUAGCAUAUGGUUUUGUUUUUAGGGAUUUUGUUGCAGGAAAAAAUUGGAAAUAACCAUGAGAGGAUUACGAUUAACCGGGGAAUUGCAAGGCAUUCUAGGAUUGGAGAGACUGAGACUUGCACCACUGUGAGAAGAAAAUAGAGAAAAGGACACACCUUGGUUGAUUAGAGACAUUAAAGCUACAGCCUAACUAGCCGCCAUACCUUACAUCUCAAUAUCCAUCUAUCUAUGUUGAACACUGGCUAUCUGCAAUGCUAGUCCACAACCAGUCCCAGUCCUAAACCCUAGUUGAGCCCUAUCCUAACUCCCAACUAGCAACUAUGCUCCUCAACCAGUCCUAAACCCUAGUUGAGCCCUAUCCUAACUCCCAACUAGCCUCUAUGGUCCUCAACCAGUCCUAAACCCUAGUUGAGCCCUAUCCUAACUCCCAACUAGCCACAAUGCUCCUUAACCAGUCCUAAACCCUAGUUGAGCCCUAUCCUAACUCCCAACUAGCCUCUAUACUCCUCAACCAGUCCUAAACCCUAGUUGAGCCCUAUCCUAACUCCCAACUAGCCUCUAUACUCCUCAACCAGUCCUAAACCCUAGUUGAGCCCUAUCCUAACUCCCAACUAGCCUCUAUGCUCCUCAACCAGUCCUAAACUCUAGUUGAGCCCUAUCCUAACUCCCAACUAGCCUCUAUGCUCCUCAACCAGUCCUAAACUCUAGUUGAGCCCUAUCCUAACUCCCAACUAGCCUCUAUGCUCCUCAACCAGUCCUAAACUCUAGUUGAGCCCUAUCCUAACUCCCAACUAGCCUCUAUGCUUAUCAACCUAACCGUGUCCGUCAAGGAGUCCCGUGCCUUUCAUGGAACGCCACCCGCCAGCCCUCGCGGUGUUGCACCCCUUGUCUUGGAAGUGACAGCUAUGGACACCCUUCCUGGCCUUACCUCUGCUCCCCUAACCCAAACCCCUCCUCCGCCCCCUCCUCCGCCCCCUCCUCCGCCCCCACCUCCCUCCACCUCCUGCUCCUCUCCUCUGACCCGUAUGGACUCGGCCCAUCGCAGCCGGCUGAGGAAACUGAACUGGGAGCAGAUCCCUAAGGAGAAGGUGGAGGGGAGGAAGAGUGUCUGGAGUGGAGCGGCUACGGAGGAGGAAGAGUUCCCUAUAGACCUCCACUCUCUGGAUGAGCUGUUUGGACAGAAGGACAGUAAACCUCAGGACCGAGCCAGGAGUUUGAGACGCAGGUCUGUGCUGAUGCGAUGCAGUUCACCCCAGGACAACACCACAGAUAAGGUCUCACUACUGGACUCCAAACGCAGUAUGAAUGUUGGAAUAUUUCUACGACAGUUUAAGACGGCUGUCCAGGAGAUAGUGGAGGAUAUCCGGCAGGGGUUCGGGACCCGCUAUGGGGCCGAGAAACUGUCCGAGCUCUGCAAACUGCUGCCUGACGCAGACGAGGAGGCUCGUCUGAAGAGGUUCAAGGCCGAACGUAGUGGGCUUGGGGAGCCUGACCUCUUCAUGAUUCUACUAGUGGAAGUCCCCAGCUUUCGUCUGCGUCUGGAUGCCAUGAUCCUGCAAGAGGAGUUUGACCCUGCCGUGACCUCUCUCUGUUUGGCGGCCAGAUGUCUGAGGGAAGCGGCCAGAGAGCUGUUGAGCUGUCCUGAGCUGCACUCCAUCCUCCGUCUGGUUCUGAAGGCAGGAAACUACAUGAAUGCUGGUGGGUACGCAGGCAACGCAGCAGGGUUCCGAAUCCCAUCCCUGCUCAAGCUGGCCGACACUAAAGCCAACAAACCAGGCAUGAACCUCCUGCACUUUGUGGCCAUGGAAGCCGUGAAAAAGGACCAGAGUUUACUGUCGUUUCCCGGCCAACUAGGACACGUCGGCCCCGCCUCCAGGUUGUGUGAGGAGUCGGUAGUAGAGGAUCUCUCCAGGCUCCACAGGCGUGUGGCAUCCCUCAGGAUCAGUGUCCAGACGGAGGCAGAGAUCCAGCAGCUCACGCAGCCUUUCCUGGAGGUGGCAGAGGAGCGUCUGAAGGAAGCAGAGGAUGAAGUGGAGGGGAUGAGGAUGUCCAGUCAGGCUCUGGUCCAGUUCUUCUGUGAGGAUGACAGCACUUUUAAACUGGAGGAAGCCUGCAGGGUCUUCCACUCCUUCUGCCUUCGCUUCCAAAGAGCCGUACAGGAAAACGCUGAGCGGGAACAGAAGGAGCAGAAACGGAUGGAGCGAGAGAUGGUGGAGAAGCGUCGCUCCGUGGCCGUGUGUACAGGGCUGGACCUGGACCUGGCUGUGGCUACGGGUCGGGUGUCCCCACCGGGAACCCAGGAGAACCAGAAUGACCUAGAGAAAACCCUUGAGAACCUGAGCCACACCUGGAGCCGGCGCAGCCUUAGAACCCAGGAGAACCGCAGGCACUCCCACCACCUCCAGAACUACACCUCCGUUCCUAUUCAGACAUCCCCGGGUUUGGUUAGAAACACAUCCCCCCAACUCCACCUUAGCUCCUCCAACCUCCAGACCUCUCCAGGGCUACCCUGCCCCACCUACCCCAACCAGGAGAGACCAUCCCUGGGGACCGAGACCAAGACAGAGCCCCUGGUCCGUCAGCACCAACAAGUCCUGGAGACUAAGGGACCAAAUCAUGAAGGGACAACUCAGACUCAAGUCUCAGAAUCGCAAAAUGAACUGACUUCUAACAUCAUUCAAACCCAGUGUGGACAUAGAUUCAAAUUCCCCCAAAACAGGCAGGACACUAUUGCCUAUGUCACCCAAACCCAACAUGGAAUAUUUAAAAACGUCAUUGAUAGCCGACAUGCACCAACGGCUCGAGUGACUCAAACUCACGAUGAACGGACUGUUGAUGCCGUCCCUGACCCGUGUGUACUGACCACUAAGUCUAUGGCCAGUCCUUAUAGACACUCCUCCACUACCACUACUGCCAUCCCCAGUGUGAGAAGAAAUACCAUUGGUCUUAGACACAGGUAUGACGUAGAGGGGACUGACCCUACCCCUGUUUCUCAGGCGAAACACACAGACACCUCAGUCAGAGACGCAGCACAUCAGGACCCUGACCUCGCUCAGUUAACAGGGUCAAUGGUUACUCAGGUGACUCAGCAGCCCUUCGAGAGCCAAUCAGAAACAUCCAUGGCCACUGCCACCUCAGACGGUGUCCAAUCACAAUCCCAGGAUGCUAAGGGAGCCAAUGAGACUACACCAGGACGUGGUGGUGCCUUGGAGCUGAGGCUUUCACCUGAGGGCGGACCAACCCAGCAGAGGGAAACCGAAUCUGUGGAACAGAGCUGGCUGACUCCGAGCCUACCAGAACUGAGCCCACAGCGGGCACAGGAAUGCCCAGAGGUCUCCAGCCCUGACAGGGAGAGGGACCGGUCAUACCCAUGUGUGGGCGAAACCCUUGAGUGCCACACCCUGGUCCGAGGUCUGCGUUCCUACGACAACCUAUCCCCUCCUCCCACCCCUGCCACAACACUUUCCAGAGCCCCACCCAGCCUCUGCUCCAAGUGGAGGAAAGCGAAGCAGGCGGAGACUCCAGGGGCUGGUUCUGGGUCUCCAAUGGGGAAAGAGGACUCUCGGGGCGGGGGGAAGUCUCCUGUUGUCCGAGGUGGGGCUAAGCGGGGCUUGGUACCCCGUGCAGGUCUACCGAACAAUACUGCUAUCCAUAGGGUGCGUUCUAUUACCAAACCGGAGACACAGACACCCACCAGCCCCGUUUCAAAUCCUAAUUUACAGACUAUACCACGUUCCACUCACCUUGCGUCCCCGUCCAUACCCAGCGCCUCCAUACGCUCCUCCCCCAUCACACGCCCUACUACUACCCAGACAGAGGUGAAGCGGCGCGGUAGCACCAGGAGUGAGAGGAGCCAGGCUGUGGGUGAGAACCAGCAGCAGACCCCAGGGAAACCCACCUUGACCCGCCGGGCAUCAGAGAGAGCUGGGCUGGGGCUUGGACCAGAGAGGGAGAGGACUUCUAGCACCAGCACCACUAGUAGUACAGCUACUACCCAGCCAGCCUUUGUCAGAGGCUCUCCUCUCAGGGUCACCAAACGUCUUGCCCCCACCUCCAACUCUGAGACCCAACACUCCUCUCAGCCCCGCUCCACACACAGCCCCUCCUCUGCUACAGCUAAAACCAUCCGUACAGCUGUUACAGCUGCGUCCAGGACUAAAACAACCAAGACGAGCCCCGGCACAGAGCCCUCUAGAGCUGCUGUCUCUGCCUGCAAAACCCCCACAGCAACACGGAUACCUGGACCUAAAAUGGCCCGUCCUGCCUCCUCGCCCAUGUGGAAGUGAUCGUGGGAGAUCAUACCACUUUUUCAGUCUUCUGUCCAUAUGCCUCGGUGUGUUUAUGUUUGUGUCCACUGUACAUGUAUGUGGGUAUCAAUAAAGGACUUGGUGAAUUGUACCAGACCUCUCUGUUCUGGAGGGGUAGGCAGUUACUGGUCCAUGCAGACUCUAUUGAGCUUGUCCAGAAUCGAUGGGGUGUUUUCACUUGGGUCUGUCUUAUUGUAAAGUGCAAUUAAGGGCAUACGAAGUACCUGCCAUACUCGCUCUUGUCUGGCAGGAAGAUGACAAAGGAUGUCAUAAGGUGAAUGCACCAAUUUGUAAGUCGCUCUGGAUAAGAGCGUCUGCUAAAUGACUUAAAUGUAAAUGUAAGAACUGCAACUCGAACAAAAUGGCUGCCACUACAUCACUCUACAUUUACUAUGUUUUGCAAAUGGACAGUAGGUGUACUGUCACUGUAGAUAGAAUUGUCUUCUGUUCUACACUCUACCUCCAUCCACUAGUGUCCUGUCCAUGCAACAGGGAACUUCAAGGAGAUACUCUAAACACCUCACACCCAACCUGGACUUUGUCAAGCUACUGAAAUGGGUGCCUCAUUUGUUGUUCAAGAAAAUCAUUUGUUUAGAAUAAUUUGCCACUGCGGCCUCCUCUGUGCCUUGGUCUUCCAACAGAUCACUCUCAUCAGUCUUUUUAGGUUUUAUGUUGUAUGUUGAAAAUGGCGUGUUCGUCUUCAAAGGUUAUUUUAUUUUACUUUACCUGCAUCCCAAAUUGCACCCUAUUCCCCAUAUAGUGCACAACCUUUGACCAGGGCCCCCAAACAGCUCUGGUCCAAAUGAGUGCACUAUGUAGGGAAUAAUUUCCCUCUGUGUUUUGAGCGGCCAUUCUUAGAACUGUAUUUCUACACCUGUUGUGCUGUUUCAUUAGAUGCAUGGACCAAACUCAGAUUGAAUAGAUGUAAUUUCACUUUUGUUGUUUUCUCACCUUGGGCUAUCGAUUUGCCCAAUCAGCAAUCAAUCGGUAUGAUAUCGAAUUGAUUAUUGGUAAUUGAGCGAUUUUAUUGGUUAUCCUCAUCUUGAAUGUGCUCUUCAUUCUGACACACUUUAAGUUGCUAGGAUACUCACUGUAAUGUUCUGCUGCUGUUUAUAUCAAAACGAUCAUAAAAUGAACGGCAUGAAUUGUUAUCCAUGGCAACAAUGUGUGUAUUUGUAAAUAACAUAUAAAAUAAAGUUGCAAAUCA